GCAGAGGUGACGUUUUAAUAACUUACAGCAUUCUAAAUACUUAUGGACAUCCCCCUAAACACCUACUUAAGUUCAAUUCCAACACAAACCCUAGGGGCAAUACCCAGAAACAGGAUACACGAUUCAGCAGAACGGAUUGUAGACACAUCUUAUACUCCUAAAGAUUAGUCUAAUGCUGGAAUUCGCUGCCGGUUGAGUUAGUUCAAGCGACUUCCUAUAAGUCCUUUAAGAGAAAAAUUGACACAUUCUUAAGGACUAAGGACAGUAUAUCACUAUGAUUUACCAACUUUGUUUCUUUUUCCUCUUUUAUCCAUUAUAUACCUAGGUUCCUGUCUGGAGGUAUCGGCGAUUCACUGCUACUAGAUACGGAAACCGUUAAACGAAAGCUCCUACUAUUCCAUACAAAACCAUUUGAACCAUCUGGACGUUUAACCUCUUGCGCUACCAAUUUCUAGUUUCAGCCGUCCGAGUGUUUUGGUCUCGUUCGUGUUACUGCUAAGUAUUUCAGAUAUUCAUAACUUGUUUAAAGUGUAUUCUGUAUGUCUAAUCAGUCAUCACCUCACUUCUCCUCAUGCAUUCCUUUUCAGAAUCGUUCACAUUCUCCAGCACACUGCGUCGCUUCAAAGUAGACGCAAAAUUACCAGACGUUAAAUGUCAUAAUGCCAAUAAAUCUGCCUCAUAUCUUGCGUCAAGUUGAAGAAGCAUGUAAAGCAUCCCCAUCUAACCAAAAACUUUGUCGCUUGGUAGCAGUUUCUAAAGAAAAGCCUAUUAAGUCUAUUAUAGAAGCUUAUAAUUUUGGACAAAGACAUUUUGGAGAGAACAAGAUUGUUCAUUUGUAUGACAAGAGUUACUCACCUGAGUUAAUUAAGUCUUGUCCGGACAUCAAGUGGCACUUCAUAGGCCGGAUUCAAUCCAAUAAAAUAAGAAAGCUUGCCGGAGUUAACAAUUUAUACAUGGUAGAAACUGUGGACUCAAUGGACCAUGCUGAGAUUCUUCAUUCAUCAUGGGGCUUAAAUCAUCAGAUCCCUCUAAACAUAAUGAUUCAGGUGAAUACAAGUGGAGAGCCUCAGAAGAGUGGCGUCAAACCCACUGAAGUUAAUAAUCUGUACAAUCAGAUUAAAGCAAAAUGCCCUAACCUAAAAGUUGUUGGUCUUAUGUGCAUUGGACAAGAAGGAGUAGACAUCAAUUCAGGUCCAAAUCCGGACUUUGUGAAACUUGUAAAAUGCAGAGAGUUACUGGCUUCUUCUUUGGGGAGAUCGCCGUUGGAUUUUGAACUAAGUAUGGGAAUGUCUCAUGAUUUUGAGCAUGCUGUAAGUUUUCAGCAUUAUUAACUGUAAAUAUAGAUACAACUUGGAAGCACUAACGUCCGCAUAGGAACGGCAAUAUUUGGGCAGCGAGACUCGAAAUACGUACUCAGACAGGAUACCUCUGAAAACAAACAAACUUCCAUCUGAUAUUCUAACUGUUGUUAAAACUAUCGUUAUUUGGCUUUCAUUACUUCACCUAUAGUAGCCAGUUUUUUUGCAUAUUGUUGAACUCGUUUUGUUCCAUAAAUACUUUUUUGAAUUAAUUUAGUUAAUAAAGAAAUAAUACAAAUUUAA